GAUCCUCCUGCCUUGGCUUCCUAAAGUGUUAGAAUUACAGGUGUGAGCUACUGUGGCUUACCUAAGUAGGAAUUCUUAUAAGCGUUUUGGUUACGUUAAAACACAGUUCAGACAAGAAAGGCAAGACAAAUGCUUGAUGUUUUUCCCUUUAUCAAGUUUCAGAAUAUUAAAUCUUCAACGUGGCAACCUUCAAUCAGGACAGAGUUUUAAUUUUAAGGAGUCAUUAUAAACUCAGGAAUUUGAUGUAUUUCAAUCAGUAACAGCUAUUUGAUGCUACAUUUUAUCAUGCUAGGUCCAUCAUAUUAACACCUGUGUUAAUGAUUCCAUUAGUAAUUUGAUAACUUCCUUCCUCUUGGGGUUACCUACUUUUUUAAUUAACCUACAAAGUACUAGCUCUGAAUGCAUUGGAUAAGAGUGAUAAUCUCUAGAAGUGAGAAAGACUUUAUUCUUUUCCUUUUUGUAUCGAUAGAAUUAAAAACAACACACACACAAGGCGUAGAAAACUCAAAUUUUUGAGGGCAACAUUUUCAGUUUCUACUGAGCUGGUAAUUUUUGUAGAAAGAACUGAAAAUUACAGUAAUUUGUUUAGUGCUUUAUAGUUUUCCAGAAUUUAUAACAAAAUUAAUUCAUAUCUAAUCCUUAAGAAUAAUCUUUUGGAUUCCACUAUUAAAGAACCAGAUCCAGAAUUGUAUGUGUAUAUUUCCAGCCUUAAACUGGAGGAUAACAGUCCGCUGGAUUUUGGAUGUCACGAAAGCACCUGAUCCUCAUGAGCAAUGUUAAAUCCAGCUGCUAUUUUCCACUCUAUCCCCCAGCUCUCCUAAUUGUACCCAGACCAGAAUUCAAGGAGUUAUUCUGGAUCGGUAUCUGCACAGUAAACGCACUAAUAAAUUAUUCGUUGUUUAUCUUAAGUUCGUAUUUAACGGGCAUUCGAUAUUUUAUCUGGUGAAUUCACACUGUGGGAAACAGCUCAGCUGGUACCUCCAGUUCAUCGUCCACUCUGAAAGGUUUUCCCAAAAUUGCAGAUCGCCUCAGUGCGCUGCUGUAGUUGUUACCUGGGCAAGAGGUAAGUGACUAAAUUCUCAAAGCAGGGAAAUCGCCAGGGCUCAAAACUUGGGGCGGCAAGGAAGCAGCAGAAGUGGCAGACAAACCGAAGCCGGACUGCGCCGCUGGAACUUCCGGGCCCGACCGGACCAAUAUCCGCGACUCAGUGCUUGACGACCUCCUUUUGCAGCGGUGCUGUGAGUGCCGUAAAGCAGGUUUGCCGCUGCUGCCGCCGAGUGAGGUAAGAAGUGGGAGGCUCAGCUUGGUCGCUGGGGAUGCAUUGGCGCUUUCUGACAGGCACUGCUGCAUCCUAGAGAUAUAAUGAUGAGCAAGAUAGAUGUCGUUCCUGUUCUGCCUACAUGUGAAGGCCUUAGCUGCUAGAGAAAUCUUUAUUCUGCAGAUUGGAAGGACACACAAUGAUUGAGGAAAAACUAAUAUGCUGUCAUCAACAUCCUUCUGUAAGCUAGUUUAAAAAACAUUGGAUUUCAAAGAAAACAAAAUUAUCUUCCUAUUCUAAAAGAUGAAAACGACUGGGUUACUUUCAAAAGACAACCAAGUGAGCACCGCAGACUAAUGAGUAGAAUCAAUAAGAACGUGGUUUUGGCCCUUUUAACAUUGACAAGUUCUGCAUUUCUGCUGUUUCAGUUGUACUACUAUAAGCACUAUUUAUCAACAAAGAAUGGAGCUGGUUUAUCAAAAUCCAAAGGAAGCCGAAUUGGAUUUGAUAGCACACAGUGGCGUGCACUUAAAAAAUUUAUUAUGCUAACAUCCAGCCAAAAUGUACCAGUGUUCCUUAUUGACCCUUUGAUUCUGGAAUUGAUUAAUAAAAACUUUGAGCAAGUCAAAAACACUUCUCGUGGCUCCACUUCAGAAUGCAAGUUUUUCUGUGUUCCAAGAGACUUCACUGUGUUUGCACUGCAGUAUCAUCUAUGGAAGAAUGAGGAAGGCUGGUUUCGGAUAGCUGAGAAUAUGGGAUUUCAGUGCCUAAAGAUUGAGAGCAAAGAUCCCCGGCUAGAUGGGAUAGACUCACUUUCUGGAACCGAAAUUCCCCUGCACUAUAUCUGCAAAUUGGCCACUCAUGCCAUCCACUUGGUGGUCUUUCAUGAGAGGAGUGGCAACUACCUCUGGCACGGCCAUCUACGACUCAAAAGACACAUUGAUAGGAAAUUUGUUCCAUUUAGAAAAUUACAGUUUGGUCGUUAUCCUGGAGCUUUUGACAGGCCAGAGUUACAGCAAGUUGCUGUUGAUGGACUAGAAGUUCUCAUUCCAAAAGAUCCAAUGCACUUUCUAGAAGAAAUACCACACUCUAGGUUUAUUGAGUGUAGGUAUAAGGAAGCACGGGCAUUCUUUCAGCAGUACCUUGAUGAUAACACUGUAGAAGCUAUGGCCUUUCGGAAGAGUGCAAAGGAAUUAUUGCAACUAGCAGCCAAAACAUUAAACAAAUUGGGAGUACAAUUCUGGCUGAGCAGUGGAACUUGUCUAGGAUGGUAUCGGCAGUGCAACAUUAUUCCUUAUAGCAGAGAUGUCGACCUAGGAAUUUUUAUACAAGAUUACAAACCUGAUAUUAUUUUAGCAUUUCAGGAUGCAGGACUUCCACUCAAACACAAAUUUGGGAAGGUAGAAGACAGCUUGGAACUAUCCUUCCAGGGAAAAGAUGAUGUAAAACUUGACAUUUUUUUCUUCUAUGAAGAGACUGACCACAUGUGGAACGGAGGCACUCAAGCCAAAACAGGAAAAAAAUUUAAAUACCUGUUCCCCAAGUUUACACUGUGCUGGACUGAGUUUGUAGACAUGAAGGUCCAUGUGCCCUGUGAAACUAUCGAAUACAUUGAAGCCAACUACGGGAAGACCUGGAAGAUUCCUGUAAAGACGUGGGACUGGAAGCACUCUCCGCCCAAUGUGCAGCCCAAUGGAAUCUGGCCUAUUUCUGAGUGGGAUGAGGUUAUCCAGUUAUACUGAGAUACUAGGUUGAAAUGGGAGAAUUUCCCUUCUGGAAAAAAGGUAGAUAACUGUUUAAAAAGACACGUCUAUUUGUCAGACGUAAGCAGGAGCCAAAGGAAAAAAAGGACAAGCUUGAAAACACAAAGAGUCCUAACUCCACAGCCAUCUGAUUUAAUUCUUUCAUUCAGUAUUUUUUGAGGAAUUUUCAUGUGCCAAGUACAAUGCUAGAUUACAGUGGAGAAACAGAGAUGAAUUAGACAGAUGCCUGCCUCUUUUUCCCCUCAUUUUGGUAAACACCUCAGUUUUCCUUUGAGGGAAACAUCCCCACCCUUUAAAGAGCUCAGAUAGAACAUGAUAUGUUCUGUAAGGGUUUUAAAAAUGUUAAGUAAUGUUUGGACUAGAAGAUGAGUUCACCAAGCAAAGCUAAGGAAGUUAAAAAGAGUAACCCAUACCUGUUCUUUGCAUUUAAGCUGGUUUAUUAGUGCUAAUUUUAAGAGUGUAGAGUCUGAGUUAAUAUUCAAGUGGUCAGAGUUUAAGUGGUAUCAAGAAUAGAUGGUAGCAGAUUCAUUUUGCAAGCAAUCUGAUGUGGAAUUGAUUUAGAGGGCAAGUUAUUAUUCUAUAAGGGAAGGUGAGAACUUAUUUCUAGCCUUAUCAAGAUAAGUACAUUUCCAUACACUUACUAUUUUCACAUUUGAAGUGAGAAGAAAGCUUAUGCUUGUGUGAUGCUUAAAUUUCCAGCCAUUGUGAGAGAAUUUUCACUGACCUCUGAUGGUAUUUUGUUGACAAAUCAUUCAAGUGAGACACAUGGUUUUGAAAAAGUCGUGAUUUCACAAAACCGAAUUUUAUUAUUUUAUUCUCAGUCACUCUGUUAGGUAAAAAUAUGAGCUAUUCAUGGACAUUUUAUAUUUUCUGAAUUUAUAAUUCUUAUACUCUUAAUAUUAACACUAAAAUGUUAAUAGAGAUACCUCUAAUUUUUCUAAAUGUACUCUUUAUUGUAGUCAUUCAUCAAUUACAGUUCUAUGUCUUUAAUUUAUGGCCUAUGUACAAUUUAAAUGGCAUGUAAACCUACCUGUUCCUUCUCCAAUAGUACAUCAGGUCUCCAAAAUGGAAGUUAAAUGGUGAAUUUGGCAACUAUUCCCCACCUCAGAUUAUAGUGUUUGUAAGUUUGUAUCCAUCCAUAGUUGUUCAAUCUGUUGAAUAUUAAUGAAGUAAAAACUCAGACUUCCCUACUUUAUCAAGUACCACUCAUUCUAGAACCCUCCAGUUUCUUUUUUUCUCCUCAAGAUAUAUCUCUGAAUGGGCUGGGAUGGCUCUGUCGCCCCCUUGUUAUCACUCCCUACUUGAAUGAUAUAUUCAAAGUGAAAGGUAAAGAGAAAUGUAGGCACACUAAGUGCUGCCACCUUUUUCUUUGUCUGGGAAAGGAAGCUGAGUCUUAUGUCCUAUCUGUGCUAUUUAGGACUACUUUCUGGACCAGCUUGGCAGAUGCAGAUUUUCCUCUAAAACCAGAGAAUAAUAAGAGUCUCAAAAAUGGAAACCAGAAUGUCUAAAGGAAUGGGCUGACAGUUUCCUGGGAUAAAAAGUUAGAGAAAGUAAUCUAAAACUACCCCAUUCCAAAUUUUAAAAA